UAUAAAAACUCUGAAUAUAGUUGGGUGCAGGAAAUGUACAGCCCUACAAGUUCAUCCUGCCACCAACAUGGAAGCAGAUGAGGAUAGCAAACAUACUGUCUGGGAACUAUUGCCAGCCCAAGUGUGCAGAGCCGUGGAUCGAGGUCAAAUUCGAAGAUGAGAAGCAGGGGAAAAUCCAGGUGGUGGCAUCUCCCCUCAUAAGGCUCACAAACAAGCCUAAUGCAACAAUUGAAGAUAUUGGGACCCCAGAUAAGGUCAUUGCCUCUCUUGGCCCUUUUGUCACCGGGAACACUCUAGACCCAGAUGAGCUCGUCGAAACCUCCAUUGAGAAACGAGGCGAUCAGACGUACUACAAGUAUGUUCUUGAUACUCCAUAUGCUCUCACGGGAUCGCACAAUCUUGCCAAGGCGACGGCAAAGGGGAACACCGUCAUCCUCUUUGUUGCCAGUGCCAACGACAAGCAGUGGCCGUCAUCAGAGAAAACCCUGCAAGCAAUUCUUGAUUCCUUUGAAGUGUAAAGCCUUUUGAUGUUGGAGAAAAGAAUAUUUGAAACCUUUCUUCUUUUGAGGUGUUUUGUUAAACUGUCACUCAAAUAUAUAUUUUGAGACAAUAUACAUGACAAAUUUUCAUCAAAA